AGUAAAGCAGAGAGAGGCCGUGGCCAUGGAAGAGACGAAGAGAGACAUGGAAAAAGAAGCAGAAAAGAUAUGCAAGAGAUGCAAGCAGAGCUACACUGCGUCUUCUAACACUUCCGCUUCUUGCCGUUUCCACCCUUCUUUCUUUGUUUGUCGUCGUCAUGACGACCAAAAGAGGUACUAUGAAUUGAGACCUGAUGAUCCGCCGUAUGCUGCCAAGUUCUAUGACUGCUGUGGGGCUGAGGACCCUGAGGCUUUAGGCUGCAUUACCAGUUUCCAUGUCUCUUAUGAUGAUGAUUGAUGUGUUAUUUCCCCUACCCCUCUUCAUCACCUGAAUCUUCACUGAAGAUUAAAUCUGUAUAUUUCUGAAUACCUCUGUUCUUGAUAUAAAUGUAACUGUCCUUGUAUUGUCCUUCAUUAAUAUAUCACGAGAGAAUUGGCUAUCUAAUUUAUGUCCCUUUUUCUCGGUUCCUGGAUU